UUCCCGCCACUUUUCAUUGUAACACAAUGGCUGAAAUGGAGAAGAAAUUAUCGGGCGAUCCGGGAGAAAACUCAGUGCGAGGUUAUGUACACAGUGUUUCUCCCCUGAAAACAUCCUCAAGGUCAAAUGUGACUUUUUUCAACUGCAUCAUUCAGACAGACUGCAAAACGUUUGCAGACGUUGUGAACUUUUCGCCUGAGAAAAGACAACUCUUUCUGCAGGCACAAGACACCAAGAAAGCUGUGAUGCUGAAAAAUGUAUCCAGAGCGCUUAGUAAGUUCAUAUCGUUUUGUUUCACUUCUCAAAGUGGCUACAGUCUAAAGUGUAAUAAAAACACCCAACUAGACACCGCAAAUGUAAACUUUGAGUUCUGUGAACCAUCUACCCAAGAGGUAAAUGUAAGAUGUAAAGUCAUGGAGAUUGAAGAUCAAAGGACCAUUACCACGAAGUCGGGAACUUCAAUUCUACUUGCAAAUGCAAAUGUUUCAGACAAAACAGACACUUGCAGACUUUCCUUAUGGGACAUCCACAUUCAAUCAGUUGCAAGAGGUCAAUGUUACUUCUUCAGAAAUGUGGCUGUUAAAGAAUUUGAUGGAGUAAAAUAUUUGACAACGACUUCUAAAACAACGAUUUCCAGUAUAACAGAUUUAGGAGAAGUAAAACAAGUUCAGAGUCAAGAAAUUGUAAUCAUCGGCAACCCAGCUACAGUUCUGAUCCAAAUUAACAAAACUUGUCAAAACUGCAAAGUGAAAAUUCCUGAUGAUCAGCAGACAGGAACAUCUGUAAAAUGUCAAAACUGCCAGAUGAGGCAAAAGACCACAGCAACACCAGUUUUCUACACCAUGAAACUAAAACUGGAAAAUAAUCCCACCAUGUUCAAUGUGGUUAAUGAUGUUGCUAAAAUCUUCUUUGCGUCGUUAGGGAAAGAAAGUGAGAAUAAUACAGAUGUAUUGGAAGAACUGAUGUUCUCUUUGACAAUAGAACUUAAGUUGCCUUCAAAAUUUUCUUCAACGCCAACAAAAUUGUCAAUUGUAACCGCCAGUAAAUCAACAUCUCCAGAUGAAAGUCCGAAAUCCUUGGAACAUGAGGCUUCUCUUCAUAGAAAAAGAUCAAGUUCCUCGCAACAUCCAAACAAUCAAACAAAGAGAAGCACCACACACAAAAAAGUAAAAGAAAUGUAA